AUGGCCGCCAACUGCAUCUUCUGCAAGAUCGUCAAGGGCGAGAUCCCCUGUGCGAAGGUCGCCGAGACGUCCAAGGCGUUGGCCUUCAUGGACAUCAACCCCCUCUCGCGGGGACACAUGCUCGUCAUCCCGAAGGAGCACGCAAGUUGCCUGCACGAGCUGGGCAUCGAGGACGCCGCGGAUGUGGGCGUGCUGCUUGCCAAGGCCAGCCGUGCGGUCGCUGGACCGGAUGGCUCCAUGCAGUACAACGUCCUUCAGAACAACGGCACUCUCGCCCACCAGGAGGUGCCGCACGUCCACUUCCACAUCAUCCCAAAGAGGGAUGUGGAGACGGGACUCAAAAUCGGCUGGGACACGGUCAAGGUGGCGUCGGACGAACUCGCUGAGGACGCGAAGCGGUACAGCGAGGCGAUCACGAAGAUUCAGUAG